AUGGAUCCCCAGCAAGUGAAACCCGCGGUGGUUUGUGUCUUCUGUGGCUCACAGGCGGGCAACUCCCCAAGCCAUCUAGAAGCAGCUCGCACGCUUGCCCAAGAAUUCCACAUGCAUAAUGUGCAGCUUGUCUACGGUGGCGGCACUGUUGGAAUUAUGGGGGAGCUCGCGAAAACACUGGUAUCAUUAGCAGGGCCCAAAUCAGUCCAGGGGAUAAUCCCCCAAGCUUUGGUGGAGGUUGAAGAAGGCUACAAGGACUCGGGCAGCAAGGAAGGCAAGGCGGCCGAGCGCAUUGUGAACCAGUCCGUUCAGGAGUCCAACUUUGGCAUGGUUACGGUUGUCCCCGAUAUGCACACUCGCAAGAAAUUAAUGGCCCAGAAAGUCCUGGAAGGCGGUCCUGGGUCUGGUUUCGUUGCACUAGCUGGAGGAUUUGGCACCAUGGAAGAGCUCAUGGAAAUGACAACCUGGAACCAGCUUGGGAUUCACAAAGCGGGGAUCGUCCUACUUAACAUCAACGGUUACUGGAAUGGACUGCUGCAAUGGAUCCAGACCUCUGUCCAAGAGGGUCUGGUGAGCUCCGAGAAUGCCCGUAUUGUCGCCGAAGCCACCAAGGUGGAGGAUGUACUCAAGAUGUUGAAAGACUAUCAGAUUAGCAGUGACCGGAUGGCCUUGAACUGGGGCCAAGAAUAA